CAAGGCCUCCUGCUUUCCACAUUUCCGCAUCGAGACACAAGCAAACCAACCAACUCGCCGGCGGCUCCGCUCGGAUUGCUCGUCACGACUCCGCUCCGAAGCAUCGACAGGGACGAUCGAGGUAGGAAGGAAAAAAGGCGCGUUCUUGGCUCUACGCUAGAGCGCACGCAAGGUCGACCAUCCAUGGCCGUCCCGGAGCCCGGUCCGUCCAAGGAGGAGAAGGCGCCCAGGAACAAGAAGCGGUCGUCGAUCCUCGGAAGCCUCCAGGAGGCGAUCAGGAAGGUUCGGUUCCUGCUCUCCUUCAGCGCGACGCGGUGGAUGCUGCUCACCUCCGCCGGCGCCCGGGGCGCGCUUGCGCGCCGCGGCCUCAGCUUCGGCCCGCGCCCGGGGCUGCUCGACGUCGAGGGCGGCCUCGCGUCGCCGGCGGGCAGCUCCCGGACGACGUCCAGGUCCGCGAGCAUGGGGACGGCGACCACGCGGAGCCUGUCGCGGGCCAGCAGCGCGGCGUCGCCGGGGGGGCCGAGGAGGACGUUGUCGUCGUCCAGCGGCCGGUCGCCGGCGUCCUCGGCGGCGGACGACGACAUCGACCAGCGCGCGGAGCAGUUCAUCGCCAACUUUUACAGGCAGCUGCAGAUGGAGCGGCAGGUGUCGCUGCAGCUGCGGUACGUCAGGAGGAACAGCUGGGACAGGACUCCCUAGGCCUUCUCCUUCCUGGUCCUGGGGAUGAUCCGUAGGCGCAUAGCAAGAUAGGAUUGCGAGGUAGAGAGAUCCGGUAAUCCUGUUCCUUUCCUUUGCGGAGGGCGCUGGGAAUGGAUUUAGAUGGGUAUUUUCCCCCCGUCAUUUCUGCACAUUCUCUUGUUUUGGACAGUAGAGUUUGUGAUUUUUUUUAACUGAUGAUGAUUGAGAGUGUGAAUACAAAAUAAUUGGCAUUUGGCAGGCAAUAUUUAAGCAGAUGUUCAGUUCUGAAUUUUGGUUAGGAAAAAUUAUGUGAGGAAAGAGGAAGCAUGCCCAAUUGACAGUGUUUGUGUU